GAGGAGGAGAAGAAGAUAGAUUUCAGAGGCGAAUAUUUUUUCGGGUCAUGAUAGGGAAGGUAGUGGCGAUGGAUGAUGAUGAUUUCAGGGUGAAUUUCGUUCCUCCCGGGUUGGAUCUAAGGUCGGGUUCCUCGACGAGUCUGGAGCCCCGGAGCGAGUCAACUCGCUCGAACUCGCUCGAAACCGGUAUCACGGUCGAGAGUUCGCGGUGCUUCUCUUCCGAGUCGUGCGGUGAUGCGGAAACGAGACCGGAUGAGUGCAGUGGUUGGACCAAUGAGAAACACAAUUCAUAUAUCGAUUCUUUGGAGAAAUCUUUUGUUAGGCAGUUGUACUGCCUGAUGGGAAGAAGGAAUCAGAGAUCAUUUGGAACUCAUCAUCUGCCCACGACUAACUCUUGCAAAUCCAUUGAUCAGUUUGCGGUCCUACGAGAUGGCUGCUGGCAGAAGAUUAAGUUUGGAAAUAAGAGAACUCGUUUGGAUGCGACAUCUAACAUUUAUUUUCAUGAAAACCCAUGGACAAGUCAUUUUCCGGGACCCAGUGGAAGUUACGAUGGGGAAACUGCUGUACGAGGAGAUUUGUAUUGUAACGAGGAGACCAACCACUCCGGUAGCAAGGCGUUUUCGGGGACACCCUUGAGAAAUCCCGUAGGACAUGAAGGUUGGACUGGAAUCGCUGCAGAGGCGUCAGGUCAGAACUUCGCGGAUGAAAGCAAGGAAGAAAAGCCGUCAUCCCAUUCACCCGUCUGUAAAAGACGGAGAAGAGAUCCCGAGCCGAACUGUUCAGAGAACGAUCAGGUCGUGCCUCUUGGAACGGCGAAACCAAAGGGUGUCUCGAGUGGCAAACAAUACGAAUGGAUUUGAUGCUUAGGACAAAGGAGAAAGGCCUUUUUCAGCAGACAGAACCAAUGAAGUAAUGUGAAAGUGUUGUUUAUCUGAUGCCACGUGUGAGGAAUGUUAGAUCCGUUCAUGCAUUUAAGGUUUGUAGCGAAGAGGCUGGUUGGUCAUUAUGUUGGUUUUUUGUCUUUUUUUUUUUUAAUUAUUAUUUCUUUUAAAUAGUUUCUAACCAGAAAAAAAAAAUGUUAUAUUAGAAGUAAAUGUUUUUUUGUUAAUUCUUUUGUUUUUCUUUUAGUUACACUUUUGAUAUUUGUUUUCCUUCUUAUAAGUAUGUAAUUUUGAUGGUUGUCUUUGGAAAAAAGAGGAACCAUUUUGAUGUC